CUUCCAUCUAAACUGCAGAAGUUGUAUCAGAACGAAUUUGCUUUGCUGUAAAACCGUUUAGCAUUCGAUCCAAUACAUUUAUUUUGCAAGUUUUAACAAGGAGAAUUAUAGCUUAACUUCAAAGAAUUUUUAAUCUCACUUAAUCUGCUCUUUGGAACGCGUUGAUGGUCAACUGAAAUUUUGGUUUGACUGAAGAUUUUGAUACGAUUUAAGACUCGAUACGAUCUGUUUCUUAUACCCAACGAUGUCCAUUCAAUCACCUUCACAAGGUUCUAAUAAGCCACCACGCUCAGGUAUGUACUAAAAAAUUGACUUUGAGCUCAUACGAUCGGAUUUACCAGCCUUGUGUAUUUAUAUUAAAAAAAUAUAUUAAAUUUAAUCCUUGGCAUACAAGUUUUCACUGCUGCUUUUAUGUUUUGCUGUACAGGAGGGCAAUCUGCCUCACGCCAGUCAGAAAAAGCUGCCUUUCAGUCGGUAAAGUCAAGCUCUCCUGGAAAUCAAUCCGCUUUGUCUGGUAAACUGGACUGAUUUUAGUUAAACAGACUUAAUAUAUACCUAUCUGGCUAUGUAAUAUUUAAAGCACAUGGCAUUGAAAACGGUAAUAUUCUCCCAGUGCCAAACAGUGCUUUGAAAGCAGGAGGAGGGGUUGUACUCAUCCAACGUACCUAUAUAUGGAAAUAUAUAUCUAGAAUGGAACGUCCUUAUUCAAGAUGUUCUCAAGGAUAUGAUACUUCAAACACACACACAAAAAACACAGGAUAGAUAAGACUGUACAUUGUAUCCAAGGCUGUGCUCUAGAGCGGUGCGUUGUGGUCCCUGGUGGCUAACUUUUGCUCUCGCGCAACUAGAAAAUCUUAGCUUUUUCUUAGAAAUCAUAUGCUGGGCACCCUGGAUUUCACAGGUUGAAGCACAGCAGUGCUUCCUUCAAUUUUUCAGUAGAACCUUGGUAUCUUGAGAUCAGAGCACAGGUAGGCAACGGGGGAUACAGAUACUUUGAAAUUUUGAGUUCAUGUAGCAUUAGGAAUUGUUAUAUUACAGUCAAAGGUUUCUUAACAGACUCUCAGGUUUGCAGACAGCUUUAGACAGCUUGAAAAAAUAAUAAUAAGGUAUCCUCUUUCAAAGACCAUUCCCAUUAUGUUCUCCUACGAUGCCUACUUAAAGGAGCUUUGACUGUAUUAUUGUUUUGUUUUUUUUCCUAGUGAGUUGAUAAGAACUUGUGGUUUAGAAUCAUUAUUUCAAAAUAGUAUUAAGGGCAUUAUUGAUUCUAAAACCUGAAGUGACAGUCUUUUGUUCUCGUUCUCAGUGAUAGAGUCUGUGGUGAAUCCAAACCGCAAUCCAUUUACCAUCCCAAAAGACAAUGAUGUAUUCAUGUUGAGAGACAGGGAAAGACAGAAAAAGAAACAGGUUUGAUCAUUUACUUCCUUAUUUUUGUACUCUGUACAGUUGCAGUGUGUAAUGUUGAGCUAGAAUAUGUGCAAUUGGAGAAAGAGUGCAUUAUUUUUUGUUUUCUCGAAACUUUUGUGGAAAGUUAGCAAAAAUUUAAUCCAGUUAGCAAUGCUAAUAUACAUUAAUAUGGCCUUAGUUGGAAAUAUAGUUAUCAGUGAUUUUUUUGUUUUGAUACUGUAGGAAAGGAUUAAUCAGCGUAAGUUAAAAGUGCAUGAAAAAACUACCUACACAUCACGUGUCAACACAAAAACAGCAGCAAUGAGAAAAAUAGCAGAUGAUAGUGAAGAUGAAUUUGUUGAAGAAGAGAAGAAAAAGGAAAAAGAUGGAGUCAUUGCUGUAAAAGAUGAUCCACAGUUUACUCUGGCAAUCACAAGAGGUAGGCAAAAAUAAAUAGAAUGCAGAAAUAUACUUGUAAUACAUAUAUUAUAUAACGUCAUACUUAGUUUGCUAUAGCUAACAUAAUUCAGACUUUUCAGUAGUUUUAUGGAGUAGGUGUGCAAAUUACAGCUUUUCAGUUGCUUAUCAUUUCUUCUGUUUUAGAUCGCCACGUGGAAAAAGAAAAUUUAGCAGACUUCAUUUCCAAGAAAAGAGAAAUGUUUUUGGUUCAGGUAUGUUUUUGUUCGAAAAUCUUGUGAAAAAGUCAGUGAAGUGAAAUGAAGUCAGUGAAGGUUAAAAAAAUACAACAUGUCUAAUUAACGAAGCAAUCCUUGGACUAAUUUAUGUCUCAUUUUUGUCACUUCAGUAUUCGUUAGGGGUGAAACGUGAUGAAAUGAGAAAACUGGAAGAAAUUGCACAGGUACGAAACUGCAUAGGAUGAAUUAUGAGGCAGAGUGGCUGAGUGGUUAGAGCACUGGAUUUGUAAUCUGGAGGCCCUGAGUUCCGGUUUUGCCCUAGCUUCUCGCUGGAUUUGUUCUCGGUAGUCCCAAGUUCAAAUCCUCGGCCACUCUUGUAAAUAUCUAACUGGUUCAUCUCCUAUAAGCUUUAGAACCAGUUGGGAUUUUUAACCAUAUACUGGUAUGUUAUGUUCCAUUGAAAAAAAAUUGGCUCGUCUAUCCCUGAAAAGCCCCAUAAGCCAGGGAAGAUUUUCAUUAAGUAUUAAUUAUUAGUUAAUGAUAUGAUCAUUUACUAGGUUUCAGCUUGUUAAUUCUCUAAUUUGUGUAAAAGUAAUAAAGUGUUGUAAUCUUUCACUCUGUUAGAAUUGCAUUUAUUUAUAUGAUUACUGAACAAUAAUUGUACCUUUGACUUAGGAUGAAAACUGCAUAAUUAUUGAUUACACAGAUAAAAUGUAAAAGAACUCAACGUUUAAUCCUAUUCUGUACCUCAUUUAGGCAGAGGAAAAGAAACUUGAGCUCGCAGAGCAGUACCUUGAAGAAGAUGCUGCAAUGUUUGAUGAAUUCUUAAAAGAAAAUGACAAGAACUCUGUGGAGGCUAUUAAAAUGCAAGUGUCGACAAAUUAUAGUUCUUAACCUGAGUUCAAAACCUGAGAACACUGUCUAUUUUUCUUUCACUUUUUCAUGCUGUUAUAUCUAAUUUUUGAUCUUCUUGAUUUUCAUAGCGCUGAAGCUGAAACUAAACUGAAACUUGAAAAAGUGGCUGAGAUAAAGAAAAUCAAUGCACAAAUGAUGGCAAUUAAAAGGUGAACUGCUGCAUGCAAUAAGCAUUAAUUUUUUGUUUAAUAUAUUUUUAAUAUACAUCAUGUGCAGCAGUGUAGCCAACUCUGUCUUUAAGGGACAUCUGUGUUGAAUAAAAUGAACUUUAAAGUGUACACUUGUAAUCCUAAAAAUUAAAAACAUUAAAAAUUUCUGCUGUUUGUCAGUCAACUGCUGUGACUUUGUAUAAAGUAGCUAGAUUCCUCUCUAAAGGUCAGUAAGUUCGAGACCAGGCUCCUUAUUGGGGCAAAAAGGUGAAUGAUGGGAUUCAAAGAAUUGGCAAGCAAAGCAAGCCAAUUAGGAGACUACUGGAGAGGGGGAAAGAGCUUGUUAGGAUUUUUGUUAAAUCACAUCUUAUAAUGCGUACUGUAAGAGAGCCUACCAUUCUUGUUGUAAAUCGAAUUCUUAAAAUAAAGGGGCUUUUCUUACAUUAUAAUCGAUGAUUGAUGGGAUGGGUCAAUCCAGUUACUUCCGAUGAUUGAUUUUGACAUCUCAGCCGUUUAACCCUAUUUGCGGUGAGGUAUUUCAAUGUUUAACCUUAAAUUCCUUCUCAUUUUUUUUUCCUUCAGUGAAAUCUCUAAGAAUGAAGACACGCUAAAGGAAUACAUGUUAUAUAAACAGUUUCUGGACUCUCUCACGCCCCAGGUACUGCCGCCGCUAAGACUCAGAUUUUCAUUUUGUUAUUCAGCCAUGAUCCUCAUAAUUUUGUGUUCUGUUCUCACCAUUAGGAAUGGAAAGAUGAAAAAAGAAAAGUCAAAGAAGAGAAAAAGGUGAAUAGUCAUUUUUGAAUGACCCAUUCGCUCCUGGGAAUUUUGUAUAUACCGUAUUUAUUCGAAUAAGCGCCCAACCUCGAAUUAGCGCCCACCUCGAAUAAGCGCCCAUCCUAAAGGCAGAAAAAGUUAAUAAGCGCCCAGCCUCGAAUAAGCGCCUACCCCACCACACCUUCCUCCCACUCCCACUCAAACUCAAAUUAGCGACCACCCCUAAAACUGAAUAAUUGCUAAUAAGAGACUUUCCCGAAGACGGAGUUUUCUUCAAAGUAUUUUACAGGAACCUUGCUUUGUUACGUCUUCGCGUUUUGCUAUUACCAUUUAUUGUUUUGUUGCAAAAUACACAUACUACACUUGCUGAAAAUGUUGAAAAUUUAAUAAGCGCCCAGCCUCGAAUAAGCGCCCACCUCGAAUAAGCGCCCACUCUCAAGGUCCAAAAAUUUAAUAAGCGCCCAGGGCGGUUAAUCGAAUAAAUACGGUAGUCAGCCAAAAAUGCCCGAAACGCCCCCUAAAAGGUCUAGCACUUUGAGCUUCUGAAGUCCGGGAAUGCUGCACUAUUCUUGCGCUUUUCUUGCCCCAUUUUUUCUCUUGUGUUGGGUCUUUGAGUUCUCUGUUUAAUUUCGGUGGGAAACGUUUUUGGAAAAGCUUUGAGGAUCUUAUGAUAUGGAAGGAAGUACAGGUAGGUAGUCACCAGUGGAACAAUUUUCUUUGGAAUUUUCUGGUCAACUUCGUUUACAUGUUGAUUUUCUCCGCCCUCCUCGACUGAAUCGCGCUUAUUCUAGCAUCGUCUGAAAGAUUUUUUUUAGAUGACGAAGUCGUCCUUGAGCAUGAAAACUGGUGACUUCAUGGCGGCUGCAAGGAACGUGGAUCAGCACGGGCGGUUUAAUACGGGUACUUCAGCGUUGAGUGGGUUAUUGUGCUAGUCAUCCAACUAUUUUGUAUGAUGAAACGUAACUCUGGACGUUCAUUUGUCUUUCUUUCUCAGAGAGCAAAGCAAAAGGAGAGAGGUUCAGUUAACAAAAAGAAAAGUAAGUCUGUUUUUGCGAAAUAUCUUCACACCUAUAUUGAAUUUCCAAUCCCAUUUGUCAUCAAACUUAACCUUCUAACCUCUUGUAACCCUACCUCUCACCCAAACUAUUCUAGUAACCAUACACAGUUCUGGCAGAACAUCCAGUCGUACAAGCCACAAAGACGGCAGAACAAGCUCUGUAAGUAGAAUUGAUCUACCUUUGCUAAUUUAAAUUUGUAAACCUUGCUGGGCUUUUCUUUCCUCGCUAAAGUCCGAUAGUUAUUUUCGUUGGAUUUUCCUAGUUUUUCUUAGUUUUGGAAAUUAGCCCUUUAAACUACAAAAAUUCGCUUUUUAUCUUGAAAAAGGACCGCCGGAUUAACUUGAGGUUACAUGUAACAAAACAGAUGAGUAUUCAUUUCAUCUGUGUUACAUAAUCGUACACUGACAAAUUGUGAGGUAUAGUUGCAGAUAAAGAUUUACCAAACAAAUGUAAUGUUUUGACACACAAAUGCAUGAAACAGUCUAUUUUCAUUAAUUCUGUCCGCAGAAACUCGCAGGCACUCCUCAAGGAAAACAGUAAGUGUUCAUUAUUUUGUGUUUUAUCACAAAAAAUUACACGAGCUGGUCGCUUAGGUCCGGUUAAGUUCUAGAGAGCUAUCUUUUGUUGUCGUUGUUGUUGUUGUAUUGUUUUGCAUUAUAAAAAAGAGUUGGGACCACCAUUUUUCAUCGUAACUAACUUGCUUCCAUUUUGUUAAAUCUCAAGUCAAAAGAGCGAUGCUGAAGAUAGUUCAGCUUCCUUGUACGACACGGAUGAAGAGGAGAGCGAUAAUGUAAGCUAAGUUCUUAUUAUAUUAUGAUAAUUAUUAGUACUACAUUAUCAGUUUCACGGCAUUUUUUGUAAAUUUCUUUAAUUAUGCGGAGCUCUAAGCGAUGUGAAUGGGCAGUAAUAGUGACUUUCUGUCCAAAACACCCUGAGUGAGACUAAACUCUGCAAUUUACACCCCUAAAUAAAGCAAGAGGACGAGCAUCCCCGUCUUUUUUGUAUGAGUCACCGCCGGUCCUAACCCUCCGUGGAUUUGUCGUGCAACUUUUUUCUCGAUGUAACUUUGGGAUUCAUUUUGUGUAUUUCUCACAGGAGCCCGAGUUAUUUUUCGCUGACCCGCAGCAACUUCUCGAUAUAUUUGCUGAACUCGAAGAACAGAAUUUGUCUCUUAUCCAAAACAGCCAGGAAACCGAAGAAGCACUCGAGGAACUGCGGCAGACAAUUAAGCAAACGCAAGAUAGAAUGUAAGAACUCCAUCACUGUCAAUUUGGUUUUUAUUGUUUUUUUUAGACCCUUCAUGUCUACACUAAUGCGUUUUCAAAAGUAUUUUCAUCGAAAACGCAUCGAUCGAUUCGUGUCCACUCAGACUAACGUUUUGAUGCGUUUUCGAAUGUCCACACUGAAACGUUUGAAAACGAUAGAAUUGCACAUUGUGACGUAAGUUGAACUCUGUGUACAUGCUUCAAACACAUACGCCUGCGAUAUAUUCGGUGAUCGUUUCAUUUUCAUUCAUUUUCGAACGUCCAUACUGAUAGGUUAUGUUUUUGGUCUGGUUUUGAUCCACUAUCAAGAGCGUUUUCACUGCAAAUCCAAGCAUUUUUGAUGAAAACGCUGUGCGUAUUGGUGUGGACGGAAGGCCGCAUUAGUGCAUUAGUGUGAACGGGCUGUUUUGAGAACAUUAUAACAAGAGUUUGCCCCAGAAAGGAAUAUAAAAUAAUUGUUAUAAAGGACAGAAACGUUUUUUCUCAAAAUGGAAGUUACAAAGUAUAUUUGUUUCCACAGGAACCGUGAAACUGAAAUUCUCAAAGGUCAGAUUGACUUCUUAAAUGAUGCCAUUAACAGAGAAGAAGAAAGAGCGAAGGAGUUGGAGAUGAAAUCAAAGUAAGCUAAUUAUGAUAAAUCCGAUUAUUUAUUUUGUGCAGAGAACCGAGUUUAUAAAUUUUGAACAUUUUUAUUUCUGUUCCUGUUUCUCUCCAGUCUGUCAACCAGAUAAAAAUAUUUCUUUAUUGCUUUUUGUUUUCAUGCAGAAUGUUUUCAUAUGGCGAAUUUAAAGCGGAAGAUCAGGUAAUUAAGCUGGUGUCGUAUGUCACCAUUUUAAACCACUAAUUUCGAAAGAACAAGUAAUGGCGCUGCGCCAACUGGGAGUGCUAAGUUUUUUGUAAAUAAGUUAAAAUUGAAAGCUUUGAUUUGUAAUCUUUGACAGGCGUUGCUCAAUUUCUGAAAGUAUUUGAAACUGAAACUGUUCAAACGCGAGAGAGAUGUCCCCCAAACAUUCACCAAGAUGUCAACCAUUUUUAAAAGGGAAGACUGUCUUGUUCAGCUUCCUGAACUUUGCCUAAUUUUAAUUUCUUUUGCUGCUCUGCAGGAAAAAAUGCUACAGACGCUCAACAAAAAGGUGGAAGAUGUUUAUCGAAAUUGUAUUGGUGAUAACGAAGCAAAUAUAAGGUAAUUAAAACAAAGAUUAUUCGAUGAAACAAAGGAGCGUGCACGUUUUACGGUGUAAAGUUGUCGUAUGACAACCCGAAAUUAUGUCUAAAAGGUGGAUUAAUUUUCCGUGUACCUAUAGCGCCUACCAUAGCCCUCUGGUGAACGUCUGACUGACAUAGCUGAUCAACCUUAAAGAGAGCAGACUUUUUAGACUGUAGUUUUAUCCCUUGUUUGCGUUGGAUUGUAGGAACGUUAUUAAAAUCCAAGGCGGCGAAGCGGCUAACACUUCGCUUAACAAGCAAAUUCGCGUUCUUUCAAUCUUUAUCGCGACUAUUCCAACUCACUGACCUUGUUCAAUGUAGGCGGACUCCCGUCUGUUGUUGUUCUAUGUUGUCCUCCAUAAAACGUAAAAUUAGGCAUCUUCUCGUCGUAGUCGUAGUCGGCAAAUAAAGGUUGAAAAAAGUUUGCUGCACGUGCAUACAGUUGUUGUUUUUGCCUAUCAAGGUCCCGGGGGACACUAUUAAUGAAUAAAUUCAUAAUGUCAUAAGGCAAAAUUUUGCUGGUUACGUCUUUAGGAACGCUUAUGUCUCGGCUGUUCUUAUCCUCUUUUCUUUCUUUCUUCUUCGUUUUUCUUUGGAGGGGAGGUGGGGUCCUCAACGCGACAUUGAUUUUGCGGUUCAAAAGGAUUCGAUAAAACACCUGUAUCCAAGCGGACAAUAAUACGAGUCCGUUACGGGCGGGGGAGACAUACCCUGGUUGCCAGUAGUCUGUACACAGAGGUUAUUUUUUUUUUCCUUCGUUCCUCCCUACCCCUUGCGCUGGCGGUCAAUAAAUCCCCCGCGGUUUUAAUUUUUUAUCACGCGGGCUCAACGGACUUUGAAGAAAAAAUAGAGGGUCUGUGAACAGGCUAGGGUGCUAGAGACUCUUCACGUGCGGUCUCAGGUUUCGGUUUCGGUAAAGACUUCAUAGUGACCCGAAAAGCGCGAUCUGCCAAGUAAAGACAACCCUGCUUAACGUCCAUUGUUCUUUAAUGUGUCUGGAAAAUUUUAUCUACUCCUCUGAAACAGUGAUUUGUGAUAGCAAGCACGAUCACGGCACCAAGCAAAACCAGCUUGAUCGUUGAGUGCUCUAGAAAUUUAAACAACUAGUUUGGAGACAAAAAGAGGAGAAUAUGUGUAGUGUUAUAGCUUCUCAAAGUAUUAAUGUUUAUUGACUGUAUUCGCAGCACUCUACAGAUGCUAACAAACAUUGAAAAUCGCCUGGAGGAACUUUUUGAACAAAUAGAAGUCAUGCCCCCAGACAGAGUAGAGAUGGCUGAAAAGGUUAGAUGAGAAAAAUUCAUUACAAAAUCCAGUAAGCAACAACAAGCUGCUUUCAAAUCGAAAAAUCACUCAAUGAAACGUUAUGAAAUCCUGCAUGGGAAGAAUUUUACCCCACACCCUGUUUUAGUUCAGAUGAACGCCUAAUUUUGCGGUCAUGUCCAGCCACUGGCUUUAUCUCUUAUACCUCCUGUAACCAAGCACCUCAUGUCCAUUUGAUUAACCAAAAUGAGUAAUUUACAAUGCUGCAGUUUGCAUGAUCUUUCCGCUUAGUGAGGCAACGUCGUAAAAUACCUAAGACUAAGACUUAGUUACAUGAUCAAGUGAAUAGUGAUCGAAAAGUGACAUGAUAUUUUCCAGGCAAAAGAGAAAGAACGACGCAUGCGCCUUCGAGAGGAGAAGAUGGAGCAACAAAGACUGCACCAAGAGGAUAGAGUCAGAAGGGCUCUAGAACGAGCUCAGGCUGAACCCAAGAAAAAGGUUUGUGAUGAAGUUCCAUUUUCUUUGUUUGGGAGCCCGCGACACCUUCUAAAAAGUUAGAAAAGGAAAAAGAGCCCUUCACCUUACCUAAGCAAUUUUGCAUUGCUGACCAAGUUACGUUUGGAGCAGAGGUUUGCUAUGUUAUCCUUAAGAAGACCCCAUUUCAGAAAAGCUGUAAAGAAAAUAAGUCGCUAUUUCAAGGAAACAACGACGGAGAAGCAUACGCCAUGGACACAAAUUUCAAUUAUCUUUGCUGCGAAGAUGUUCUAAAAAUGAAGUGAAAAGCAUCUGCAAGUCUGAAUGUUAUUCUGGGGUAACUGUUGGCCCAAAUAUCCGCGGAUAAGAAUUACUUAAAACUUAAGUAAAAGCUUGAAAAAAGGGUUAUUUUUAACAAGGAAAAGUAGAUCGAGAUUCAUUGCAUUUUUUACAAAGUUGGAGCCCCUCAGUUUUUGACCAUGCGUUCACUUAUGGUCAUAGAUUACAUGUAAUAGUUUUAAGUUUUGUUUUUGGCUCUCUUCUUGCAGACUGGAAAACCCCUUAUGUUCCGUUCUGAGCCUCCACAAAGGCGAAGAAAACAACAAGAUUCCGAUAAGAAACAAGAUAAAGAAGAGGAAGAACUCAAGUACUUCUUUACGUGAAUAACUGUGACUAUGUAGUCUUUGUACAACUCUUCAAUACUUCAGUUCACUUUUCAAUAUCUUAAAGCAUAGUUAGCAUAUAUACACACUGGAAAAAUGUUGACCUUGAGUAUAAAUACAACUUGUUUAUAGUGUAAUUAUCAAUAAAAGUUUGAUAUUGAAGAAAGUUUUGUGUAAUUGCCUUGUAUUAGUGGUAUAUCGUUUUAAAUACUUGGCAAUACGUGAAGGGUUGAUAAAACGUUUUGUAAGGAAGAUAUUUGUCCUAAAUUUUAGGCAGCCUUGGGGAUUUCUUGUUAAACCGGCAAAGAAGAGCUUAAAAUGAUAAAAAAUAAAAUAAAUGAUUGACC